ACUACUGUGGAGUUGUAUAUGCAGACUUCAUUGAUUUUGGAUCAGGAACCUUUUUGCAGCUAAAAGAUACGAAGAUGAAAGUCUCUGUUGUUCAGCAGCCAGAGUCUGAGUCAGUCCAGCCAGGAGACUCUGUCACUCUCAGCUGCUCUGUUCACACUGCUGACUGUGGAGGGGAACACACUAGUGUCUUCUGGCUGAAAAGCUCAGAAAGUUAUGGUCCUGAAGUGAUUUACUCCUCUGGAAAUAAGAGUGAGAGCUGCAAGAACACUGAGAGCGGCUCUCCACAAACUAGCUGUGUCUACAAGCUUCCCAAGCAGAACCUGAGCUCUGACGAUGCUGGAACCUACUACUGUGUUGUGGCUUCAUGUGGGGAGACACUGUUUGGAAAUGGAACCGAGCUUUAUAUUAAAGGAAACUCGAUCCCGACCCCACCAUCUCAUCUGGACUCAACUGUCGUUGCACUGGCUUGUUCAACUGUCAUUUUUGGGAUGGCAGCGUUUCUACUCCUUGUAUGGACACUUUGCAAUUGCCGGUGCAAACAUUCAACAGGGAAAACUGGUAGAUCCUCUGAAGGAAACCAGACUGGUGAUGAUGUUAACUAUGCAGCAGUGAGUUUGGCUUCCAGAAGCUCCUCCUCCAGGACAGCCAACGCCAAACACUCCAGGACAGCCAAAGCCAAACACAGCGCAGAUGCUGUGCUUUAUUCUGAGGUUAGAUGCCGUGACCAGUACGGAUACAUUUAGUGUGCUGGGAAGAGGGC